AUGAGCAACAUUAACAACAUCAACAACACCAACGACUUUGUCAUUAUUAGCAAGAUGUGGAAGAAGUACGAUGUUGCCUUGACUGAGUUCAACUCAAUUUUUCUUCAUAACAUUGCUCUCACUACUGAAUAUGCAUCAAGCUCUCGCAUCAAAUUGAUUUGCAAGCACUCUGGCAAAUAUAGAGAUACCAGAAAAGCCAAGAAGGUUGCUUCUGAAACAUCAGUUAUGGGUGAAACUCUUCCUGAAUAG